AUGGCGCGCCGCGCUCAGAGCGUCGGAGGGGUGGACGAGGUGCCGAUGGUGAUCGACGGCGGCAAGAAAGGGUUGGCGCAGAGCAUGCACCACCCCAAUGCCGGCCAAGGAGCGUUCACAACGGCAUCGCGCACUAAUCCUGACCCUCCUGCGGACCGAGACCAGCUCGAGGAACACGUACGAGAAGCCUACCGACAUAUCGCCAGCCUGGUGCACGGGGAGACCUUCCAAGGCGUCUGGGAGGCCAUCCAAAAGCUUUUACGCGCCGACCGCGAGGCGCACGCGCCACGCGGCCAAACCUCGGAUAAACUCACCACAACGAAAACAGAACUCUCGGCGACAGUCAGGGAAGCAGUCGAAGCAGCUAUGGGAGGCAAGACCAUGAAGAAGACUUGGGCGGAGAUCGCAGCCGGCGCGCAGACUGCCCGCCUACACCCGGCCCCCGCGGAGAAACCGGUCCCUGCUCGCUUCGACAGGGAAUUAGUAGUCCGCGGCAGCGGCAUCACCCAAGAUCUCAGACAACGUCGCCCACCGGAGAUAGUUCAGGCUGUCAAUCGCGCUUUCGGCGCUACCGUUGCGAUCGCGGCCCGAGUGCUUCGAAGCGGAGACACAGUCAUUACCUUUGAGAAAGACGCUAAACAGUAUCGCAUGAGGACGGACUGGCUACGUGACGCCUUCGGACCGCAAGCGACGCUCUCUCAGGGCGGCUACACGCUGAUUGUUAAAGGAGUUCCUAUCAAGGCACUACAAGACCGAGACAACGAGACCGCGACGAAGGCGAUUGCAGCGGAAAAUAAGGUCGAAGUCAUCCGCCUUAGAGCGCGUAGAGCAAAGGGCGCCGGAGCGACGAAGACGACCCUCAUACUCACAGUAGACGGGGUAAAUGCGGCGAACAAGAUUUGCGAUCAGGGACUGCUUCUUCAGUCCGAACUUUUCAACUCAGAACCCUACGACGACUCGCUCGACCCAAAACAGUGCUUCCGCUGCUACCAGAUGGGUCACCUCGCCCGCUACUGCGAAGCGAAGCCGACGUGUGGACGGUGCGGCACUGACCCGCACCCAGACAACGAGUGCCCGGCCGCCCUAGGCCAAUCUCCCCAUAAGUGUCCCCUUUGCGGCGGCGCACACCCAGCGUGGGACCGCCGCUGCAAUAAGACUAAAGAGCACUGGGACAGAGCGCGUAAGGCCUACGCCUUUAGAGCGAGGCGGUUCGAAAGCCGCGGCCGCGACCCGACGCCGCGCCCUCGGCCACCCGAGCUCGACAAACCAGCUGACGACUCGCUACUGCCGCCACACCCCAAACGACCUCGACCAGCCUCAGCCGGGCCGGGCCGCCCCUCGACCAAGACCGCACGCGUGCGGGGCCAAUCGGCACUCUCGGCGUCUACGCUUGCGCUCCGAGCCCCGCACGCCGCCGACGUCAUUGCAAUCCAAGAGCCGGCUAAGAACGCUAAGACUGGCCAUCCAAUAUGCCCGAGCAGGAGCAGCUACCGUCUUGUCUUUACUGCCGGCCGCGCGGCGCUCUACGUCCACAAACGGCACGACACCGGGUCGUGGACCAGCGAUGGAGGCGUCGAUUGGUGCAGCGUCACCUUCACUAAGCCCAACAUCACAAUCUUCUCCAUCUACUCCCCGAUCUAUGCUAGGGAGCCUAAUAAGAGCCCGCUACCCGCUCUCGCAUCGUGCACGCCGUGCUGCAGAGCCGCCUUCGUCGGAGACUUCAACAUCCAUCACCCGCUCUGGGAUAUCCAUAACCGAACGUCGGACAACUGCGACGACAUACUAGGGCUGGCGAGCCGAUGGAACCUUGCGCUCGCCACGCCCGAGGGCGAAAUCACUCGUCUUGGUGGACCGGACCACAUCCCGCAACUCCUACAACUCGACGCGACGGCGCGUUUCAGGCCCUCGAUUGCCCCUUCGACACCGCAAUCCCCUAAAGAAAUUGACGAUUAUGCCGACUGGCUGGUCAACCAACUGACAGAAAUCGCCUAUCGCGCUGCGCCCAAGGUCUGCGGUCGAGCUGAUGGAGGCAGGGAAGAGUGGUGGACCCGCGAUGUUGAAAACGCCACCCGGGCGGCUAAGCAGGCCGAGAGGCUCUACUUAAGAACCAGGAACCCGGCCCACUGGGAAGCGCGACGCGACGCCGUAGCGGCGCAGAAUCGAGCCACGAAAGGCAUCUGGGCCUUGGAGCGAUGGGCCAGACUUAGAAGCACCCAACCGCCUGCACCAUUACGCCUCCCCGACCUCUCACGAGUAGAAGGCGACCCGACCCCAGCUCGCACGCGCGCCGACAAAACCAGAGUGUUGGCCGAAAGAUUCUUCCCGACACCCUCGGCCGCCCAUCCCGACGCUACCGGGGGCCCCGCCCGCGAGCCGGUUACGAUCAGCAACCACUUCUCCCUCGUGGAGGUCGAGCAGGUCAUCAAACGGACGGCACCAUGGAAGGCGGCGGGGGAAGAUGCUGCGCUCUCGGGUAUUUCCCAGAGCGCUUUCGCCGCGCAGACGUGGUGGUUAUCCCCAAACCCAACAAGACCCAGGCUCAACUUAACCUAG